AUGGACAGGCACGUGUGGUUCACUCCUCCACAGGUCUCCAAAGCCUUCCGUUGGGUGGGGAGAUCCAACAGCACCAAGUCCCCCCUCUUUCCAUUCCACAAUCAACCCUCCUUCCACGAGGACCUGGAUGUGAAGCUCACGGGAGAGUUUGAGCGGGACACCGGUUACGAGGAGGAAUCGCAGAGCCAAAUGAGGAAAGCCCUCCUGGUUGUGGCUUAUUCAGCCAUUAUUUGCAUCUCGCUUUUGGGCAAUGGUGUGGUGUGCCAUGUGGUGGUGAAGAACAAGAGGAUGCACUCGGCCACCAGUCUUUUUAUGAUCAACGUGGCUGCAGCCGAUAUCCUGAUCACUCUCCUGAACAUGCCUUUCACCCUGGUGCGAUUUGUCAGCAGCACCUGGGUUUUUGGAAAAUCGAUGUGCCACAUAAGUCACUUUGUCCAGCAUUGCUCCAUCCUGGCGUCUGCGCUGACCUUUGCCGCCAUUGCUCUGCACCGCCGCCAGGUUAUAAUGCAUCCCUUCCAACCCAGAAUGUCCCUCGUGAAAGGAGGGCUGUGCAUCGUGGUGAUUUGGCUGAUUGCCAGUUGCUUCUCUGUGCCCUACGCCUUCUACCAGAACCUCGAGAGGCUGCAUUACGGAAAUAAGACCACUCGAAUAGCGUGCCUUUCCAGCUUCCCUCCUCCGACAGAUCUCUACUGGAAGUACUUGGACUUGACCACUUUUGUGCUUCUGUAUCUCCUGCCUUUCUCAGUGAUCUCCAUCACUUACGUAUCAGUGGCCAAGAAACUCUGGAUGAGGAACACCAUUGGGGAUGUGACCAUGAACCAAUACUAUGCCCAGCAGCGGAAAAAGAAGAUGACCUUGAAGAUGCUGAUGGUGGUCGUGAUGGUAUUUGGGGUCUGCUGGUUCCCCCUGAAUUGCUACUUGAUCCUCAUGUCCACCCAAGCCAUCGAUCGCAACAAUGGCCUUUACUUUGCUUUCCACUGGUUUGCCAUGAGUAGCGCCUGCUACAACCCCUUCAUUUACUGCUGGCUCAAUGAAGGUUUCCGCACAGAACUCAGGGCCCUGCUGGGAAUGUGCUCUAAGAAGCAGGCUUCCAGCAGUCAGCCCCUGCGGUCUGUAUCUGCUGAUGUUAUUCAUUGCUGCAAACAAGGGGCCACCACUCAGCAGGCAAGGGAGUCGUCUCACAAGAACUCUGUACAAACAGACAUCUGUAUUGUCGAGCUGAUCGCAACAGCUGGGAGGAGGCUUGAAUGUGGAACGAAGCAGCCUCGCUCGGGUUUAGUAACAGCUCUGUAA